AGAAAAUAAAACUCCGAGAAUGGGAGUUCCCGCAUUCUUCAGAUGGUUGACUAAAAAGUAUCCGGCAACCGUGGUGAAUGCCAAUGAAGAUCGUCAGCGAGACCAGGAUGGCAACCGGGUCCCCGUAGAUUGUACACAGCCCAAUCCGAAUUUCCAGGAGUUUGAUAAUCUAUACCUGGAUAUGAACGGUAUUAUCCAUCCGUGCACCCAUCCAGAAGACAGGCCGGCUCCGAAGAACGAAGAUGAGAUGUUCGCGCUCAUUUUCGAGUACAUCGAUCGCAUUUAUUCGAUUGUCAGACCGCGAAGGCUUCUCUAUAUGGCGAUCGAUGGAGUUGCUCCGCGAGCCAAGAUGAACCAGCAGCGAAGUCGUCGAUUCCGGGCGAGUAAAGAGAUGGCUGAAAAGGAGGCGAGCAUCGAAGAGCAAAGAAAUCGAUUGAUGGCCGAAGGCAUCGCUGUGCCACCGAAAAAGAAAGAAGAAGCUCAUUUCGAUAGUAACUGUAUUACUCCUGGAACACCAUUUAUGGCUCGACUCGCCGAUGCUCUUCGAUAUUAUAUUCAUGAUCGGGUCACUAAUGACGCGUCAUGGGCUAAUAUUGAGAUCAUCCUCUCCGACGCGAAUGUUCCCGGCGAAGGCGAGCACAAGAUCAUGGACUACGUCCGAAAGCAACGUGGCAACCCGGCUCACGACCCGAACACCGUCCACUGCCUCUGCGGAGCCGACGCCGACCUUAUUAUGCUCGGAAUCGCCACCCACGAGGCCAACUUCAAUAUUAUCCGAGAGGAGUUCGUGCCGAAUCAGCCGCGGGCUUGUGAUCUAUGCGGUCAGUACGGUCAUGAGCUGAAGGAGUGUAGAGGCGCCGAAAAUGAGACCGAUUUGGGCGAUGACUACUGUAAGCCGGAGCAGCGAGAGAAGAAUUUCAUUUUUCUACGGAUCCCGGUGCUCAGGGAGUACUUGGAAAAGGAGCUCUCAAUGCCGAAUCUUCCAUUUAAAUUCGACGUCGAGCGGGCUCUGGAUGAUUGGGUUUUCCUGUGCUUCUUCGUCGGAAACGACUUCCUUCCACAUUUACCAUCGCUCGAGAUCCGAGAAGGGGCAAUUGACAGACUGAUUAAGCUGUAUAAGGAGAUGGUCUACCAGAUGAAAGGUUAUCUGACAAAGGACGGGAUCCCGGAGCUCGAUCGGGUCGAGAUGAUUAUGAAGGGGCUCGGACGCGUCGAAGAUGAGAUUUUCAAGCGAAGACAGCAGGAUGAGGAGCGAUUCCAGGAAAAUCAGCGAAACAAGAAAGCGAGAAUGCAGAUGUACGGAGGAGGAGGAAGAGGAGGUCGUGGUCGUGGUAGAGGAAGAGGUCAACAACCGGCUUUUGUGCCGACGCACGGGAUUCUGGCUCCGAUGGCGGCUCCGAUGCAUCAUUCGGGAGAGUCGACGAGGCAGAUGGCCUCGGAAGCCAGGCAGACGGCCAUGAAGUUCACCAACGAUGCCAAUGAAACGGCUGCGGCGAAUUUGAAGGCUUUGCUCAAUGUGAAAGGUGAAGAAUCGCCAGCAGACAUUGCGUCAAGAAAACGAAAAGCCGAGCAGCCACUGAUAAAGCCUGAAGAAGAGGAAGAUGAAGGACCAAAAGAUGACAUUCGUCUCUACGAAUCAGGCUGGAAGGAUCGAUAUUACCGAGCGAAAUUCGACGUCGGAUCCGACGAUAUCGAGUUUCGGCACCGUGUCGCGUGGGCGUAUGUGGAGGGUCUCUGCUGGGUACUACGGUACUAUUAUCAAGGAUGUGCCAGCUGGGAUUGGUAUUUCCCGUAUCAUUAUGCACCGUUUGCCAGCGAUUUCGAGACUGUCGGAGAGUUUCAGCCCGAUUUUACGAGGCCUACCAAGCCGUUCAAUCCGUUGGAGCAGCUGAUGAGUGUUUUUCCGGCUGCGUCGAAACAACAUCUCCCAGUGGAAUGGCAAAAGCUGAUGAUUCAAGACGAUUCUCCAAUUAUCGAUCUCUAUCCAGCAGAUUUUCGCAUCGAUCUCAACGGAAAGAAGUACGCGUGGCAAGGAGUUGCUCUUCUGCCAUUUGUCGAUGAAACUCGCCUUCUCGCCACCCUACAAUCCGUCUAUCCAACACUGACCGCCGAGGAAAAGCAACGAAAUACACGUGGACCGAAUCGAAUUUUCAUUGGACGGAAUCACAAGUCGUUCGAGUUCUUUCAACAAGUCGCCGAGUCGAAAUCCGAUGAUUUGGUUCCACUGGAUCCGACGCUUUUGAACGGAGUUAGCGGAAAAAUCGCCUAUGAUUCUACGGCAACAGCGCCCGGAUUGCCGUUCGUAUCGCCUGUCAAUCACGAUGAAUGCCAGGAUUUGCCGACCAACUGCGGAAUAUGUGUGCUCUACGAAGAUCCCGAGUACCCACAAGACUACAUAUUCCCGGCACUCCGUCUCGACGGAGCCAAGGAGCCCGAGAAAACGCUGAAACCCGACGACUGGAAUGAUAGACGAGACGGGCGGUAUCAGCCGCAAGUGGGCUUCAAUCGGAACGCGCCACGUGGAAGCCUGGAUCAAUCGGGCCAUCGACAGGUGCAUCACUAUGUGAGAGGUGGUGGUGGCGGCGGCGGCGGAUACCGAGGAAAUAGCUAUGAUGAUCGGAGAGGCGGUGGUGGUGGUGGUGGUGGAUACAACGAUCGUCAAGAUUUCGGCCGAAACUACGGAGGAAGAGACGGUGGAGGUCCCCAGAGAUACCAUGAUCAGCAGCAGCAGCGUCAAGGAGGCUAUCAAGGAGGCGGAUAUGGAGGCGGUUAUGGCGGCGGCGGCGGAGGUGGUGGUGGUGGUGGUGGAGGAUCCUACCACCAGCCGUACAAUCAGGAUCAGAGACGUGGAGGACGAGGUGGUGGUGGUGGGCCACCGGGAUAUCAGAGACCACCGUAUCGAGGUGGCGGAGGUGGAGGCUAUCACGGAAAUUCAUCAUGGAGAUAAUCAUCAGCAUUCAGUCGAUCUUUGUUCUUUGUAAUUUUAUUUUAAUUCACUUUUUUCCCCUUUUCAAGCUUUUUAAUUUUGCCCUAUUUAUUACUUGAUAAAUAUCCUGAAAAU